CGCACAGCUUCUCUCGUCGCGUACAGUAGUGUCCCCAUACUCGGCUGGACGGUCUCCAGGAGCUACGAAGAUGUCUGUUAAUGGAGAAGAGAAGCCUGCUGCAGAGGAGGAGGCCAAACCAGUAGAAGAGGCACCACCUCCUACGCAGGGCAAGAAGCCUGAGGAGAAGAAGGAGCAAGCUGCAGAAGAGAAAUCUACGUCGGCGUCGGAACAAAACGCAACAAAUGCUGCCAUGGAAAACGGUGAAGUGAAAACCGGUACUGGAGACUCUGCGGCAGAGUCGACAUCACCCCCAGCUAGUGGAGAUAAACCUGUCAGCUUCAAGGAAAGGUUCCGGCAAUUCUCCAAGUUUGGCGACACCAAGUCAGAUGGCAAGAUGAUAACUCUCUCUCAGAGUGACAAGUGGAUGAAGCAAGCCAAGGUCAUUGACAAGAAAAUCACAACCACUGACACAGGGAUACACUUCAAGAAGUUCAAGUGAGUUAAAUACUUUAUUAUUAAAGAAA